AUGGCCACCACGGACCGCGGCGAGCAGCUCAAGUUACAGGGCAACCAGUGCUUCCAGAAGGGCAAAUUCCGCGCCGCCAUCGACAUGUAUACAGAAGCCAUUGUCAUGGCGCCAGGUCGCUCCACAUAUUAUUCCAACCGCGCUCUGUGUCACUCCAAGCUGGACAAGUGGGAAAACUGCCGCAAUGACUGCGAAGUCGCGCUUAAGCUCGACGCACUCAAUGCGAAGGCCAGCUACAUGCUAGGAACGAGUCACAUGCAUCUACUGGCAUUUGACGCGGCAGUGGAGGCGCUACAGACGGCGCUCAACAGCGCGGAGAAGACUAAGAAGCCCAAAGCUUUCCGAGUCGAUAUCACCGCAGAGCUCCAAAGAGUUAAGAAGCGCCAGUGGCUUCACACACAGAAGCAGCGGGUCGCACGCCACGAGAAGGUCAAAAUUCAGCUCCAAAAACUCUUUGGAGCCAGCCAUACCGCCCAGCUUUUGGCUACACAAGCCAUAGCUACUUCAGAUAAAACAAGGCGCUCUGGGGCAGAGGAAGCGGACGCUCUGAUGGCGUACGUGGAGCACAUGGCCGCCUGGUUUGAGAAGGAUAUGUAUCCUGGAGAAGUGCCCGACUACUUCAUGUGUCCUAUUAGCAUGGAGAUCAUGCACGACCCCGUGACGACUCCAAAUGGCGUCUCAUACGAACGACAGUGUUUGGAGGAUCAUUUGCGUCAUAACGGCGCGAUAGACCCGCUAACGCGCAAGCGAUUAACGCUAGAGAUGCUGCGACCCAACACUUGUCUAAAAGCCGCCAUUCAGGAUUAUCUUGAGAAAAACUCGUGGGCGUUCGAGUAUUAG